CAAUCUUGUUUACGCACUGUUUGCGCAUACCACUGAUUAUCCUUGCGUGACACGUCGCUUUAUAUUAUUUUUAGUUUUUAUUCGCAGUUGCAUGGUUUUGGUGUCUGAAGUGUUGAGUGUAAAUGAGUCGAGUGUUUUAGUUGCGCGAGUUUCCCAUGAUGCAUUGGGUUUGCGCGGUUCUAUUUUCACUUUCAUUCUCUCGGAUCGUGACGAGAGCGGUUUGUCGCCGCGCAGCCGAGUCUCUCUGAGUAAACAUUAAUGUCAGAGGUGUGAAAUAAUAGCUCAUGAAGUUUAACCUGCAAUCCAGGAGACUUUGUUCCUGAAGAACAUGGCCGUCCCUGUUCUCCUCCUGUGUUUGUUCUUCGUGUCGUCGUCUUGGACGGCGGUGACGCAAACCAGAGAAGAAAGCGAGCCCCCCUUCCCAAAAUCGACCAGCGGAGAGAUGUUCCCCUGGAACAAGAUGAGGCUCCCACAGACCGUCUCUCCGUUCCAUUACUUUCUCCUCAUCCACCCCAACCUCACCAGCCUCGACUUCACCGGGAGAGUGAAGAUCCGACUGGACGUCCUCGAGGACACGCACACCAUCGUCCUCCACGCCAAGGACCUCAACAUCUCCAGGGCCGGUCUCCGGGGUUUGGCUGAAGGUCAGAACCAGGCUCUCAGGGUGCUGGAGUAUCCGGCUUACCAGCAGAUCGCGCUGGUCAGCGAACACAUGGUGCUGAGGAGAGGAAGUGUGUACGUCAUCGAGCUGGAGUUUGCAGCCAAACUGUCUGAGAGUUUCCUCGGGUUUUAUAAAAGCACAUAUCGCACUAGUGAUGGAGAGGAACGGGUGCUGGCCUCCACACAGUUUGAGCCGACGAGCGCACGAGCGGCGUUCCCCUGUUUCGACGAACCUGCAUUCAAAGCCAACUUCUCUAUUCACAUUCGCCGUGAGAGCAGACACAUCGCCAUCUCCAACAUGCCCAAGCUGAGGACGCUGCGUCUCCCGGACGGUCUGUUUGAGGAUCAGUUUGACGAGACUGUGAAGAUGAGCACGUACCUGGUGGCCUUCAUCGUGUCUGACUUCCUUUCCAUCAGCAAACACACUCAGCAUGGAGUCAAGAUCUCUGUGUACGCUGUACCUGAGAAGAUAAAGCAGGCCGAGUUCGCUCUGGAUGCUGCAGUGAAGCUGCUGGACUUCUACGAUGAUUACUUCGACAUUCCUUACCCUCUGCCUAAACAAGAUCUGGCUGCAGUCCCUGACUUCCAGGCAGGUGCUAUGGAGAACUGGGGUUUGACCACAUACAGGGAGACAGCUCUGUUGUUUGACCCCCACAAGUCCUCAGCCUCUGACAAGCUGGGCAUCACCAUGAUCAUCGCACAUGAGCUCGCUCAUCAGUGGUUCGGUAAUCUGGUGACGAUGGAGUGGUGGAACGAUCUCUGGUUGAAGGAGGGCUUCGCAAAGUUCAUGGAGUUUGUGUCUGUGAACAUCACCAACCCCGAGCUGCAAGUGGAGGACUAUUUCCUUGGAAAGUGCUUCGAGGCGAUGGAGGUAGACUGUUUAAGCUCCUCUCACCCCGUAUCUAUCCCCGUGGAGAACCCGGCUCAGAUACAGGAGAUGUUCGAUGACGUGUCUUAUGAGAAGGGUGCGUGUAUCCUGCACAUGCUGAGGGAGUUCCUGAGCCCUGACAUAUUUAAGAUGGGGAUUAUUGCCUACCUGAAACGCUACAGCUACCAGAACACCGUCAACACACACCUGUGGGAGAGUCUGAGCACUAAGCAGCAUGCUGUAGAUGAGGUGGACGUCAAGGCGAUGAUGGAGACGUGGACACUGCAGGAAGGCUUCCCGCUCAUCACGGUGGAGGUCAGAGGUCGUGAAGUGCGUCUGAGUCAGGAGCGAUACCUGAAGGGCGAGGACUCGUCCCAAACCUCGGGAUUUCUGUGGCACGUUCCGCUGACCUAUAUCACCAGCAGCUCGAGCACAGUGCAUCGCUUCCUGCUGAAGACUAAGACAGAUGUGCUGUACCUGCCCGAGGAAGUGGACUGGAUCAAGUUUAACGUGGACAUGAGCGGAUAUUACAUCGUCCAUUACGAGGGCUCGGGCUGGGACGACCUCAUCGCCCUGCUCAAUCACAACCACACGGCUCUGAGCAGUAACGACCGGGCCAGUCUCAUCAACAACGCCUUCCAGUUGGUCAGUGUGGGGAAGCUGCCGCUGGACAAAGCUCUGGACCUGUCGCUGUAUCUGAGCCGGGAGACUGAGAUCAUGCCUGUGACGCAGGGCUUCAGUGAGCUUGUGCCACUUUACAAGCUGAUGGAGAAGAGGGACACACUGGAGGUGCUGGAGAGACAGAUGAAGAGCUACAUCGUGCACCUGUUCCACAAGCUCAUCGAUCAGCAGGUGUGGAGCGAUGAUGGAUCGGUGUCUCAGAGAAUGCUGCGCAGCUAUCUGCUCCGGUUCGCAUGUGUGAGGGAUCACCCACCCUGCAUCUCCUCCGCCAGCCAGCUCUUUAACGAGUGGAAAGAGUCUGACGGCAAAAUGAGUCUUCCUACUGAUGUGAGCCUGGCAGUGUUUGCAGUUGGGGCUCGCACAGAAGAAGGAUGGAACUUCCUGUUUGAGAAGUAUCGUGAAACGCUUUACACUUCUCUGAAGAGCCGGAUCAAGUCGGCCCUCUCUAUCACUCCUCUCGCUCACAAACUGAAAUGGAUGAUGGAGCAGAGUUUGGAGGGCUCGGUAAUGAAGACACAGGACCUACCGUACAUCAUGGUGUCCAUCAGUAGGAACCCUAAAGGUUAUAAACAUGCAUGGGACUUCCUGAAGGCAAACUGGCACUCGCUGGUGAAGAAGUUUGACCUUGGUUCCCACUCCAUAGCGCACAUGGUGAUGGGCGUGACCAGCCAGUACUCCACCAGGGAGAAGCUGGAGGAGAUUCGCAGCUUCUUCGGUUCUCUGAGUGCAGAGACGGGCGCGGAGCUGAGGUGCAUCCAGCAGACACUGGAGAAUGUAGAGGAGAACAUCCGCUGGAUGGACAAGAACCUGCCCCUGCUGCAGGCCUGGCUGGAUAAGAACCAUCCAGAACAGCAGAAGCGCUAUGACUUGCACACUGACCUGUGAAGCUCAAAAAUCGGCCAUCGGCUCCCAACCCCACCUGAUCUCGGGUCUGAGAAGAGAGAGAUUUACAGAACACACACUGUGAAGUAAAAUGCUGAUGUGCCUUUUGCUCUUAUUUCUGAUUUCCGUCAUGGAUUUUGUCAACUGACCAUAAAUUUGAGAAGCUGCUGUAUAAGAAUUCUUAUUAUUCAGUAUGUUUACAUGGACAACAAUAAUCCAAUAUUAACCCAAUACCCUGUAAACACACAUCGAAUUAAAACGUGGAGUAUUCCUACUAUAGUAGGUAAGUAUGUGACCAGGUAUAAUGAUUAUCUAAUCUAUACUCUGUUCUUGUACUUUUAUAAAACUAUAUAACGGACAGGUAUGAAACGUGAAUGAUGAGAACUAGGUUGUGAUAACGUAGACUAUUUUACAUAUAAAACAUCUUUUUAAAAGAUGUUUUAUAUGUAAAAUAAAUAAUAGUGUUUAAAAACAUUCGCAUAAGAACAAUGUAAACUGGGACGCAGUAAACUGGGACGCGUCUCGUUAUCCAUGACAUUGUCAAAUCUCUGGAUCUCAGCCCCUCACUGAACAGAGCAGAUGGAGAGAGAGGUGUGAGUGCAGCGGGAAAGCAAGUCCUCACGCUUGGACAGUACUGGUGAUAUUUGGAAAGUUGCUAAGGUUUGUCCAAAAAGUCACUAAACAGGUCUGAAAAGCCGCUGAGUUGGCUACACUGGUCUGCACUGACAGAUAGAUAAAAGUCAAGCUAAACUCCGCCUCACCCCAGCAAAAAGAAACUACACAGAGUACCCAGAUGAUGCCCUGUCUGUGUUUAUUUCUUGAAGACAAUUUGCGCCCCCAUUCCGAUCUCUCCCCUCUGUAAACUAUUGUGUAGUAUACUUAAACUACAUCUACACAAUACACAAACACGUACACUGAAUGCCCAGAGCAAAAAUCUUAACCUGCUUCACGGACUUAAAGAAUGCUUUUGACUCUGUCCCCUUUUUAAUAUACACUCACUGAGCACUUUAUUAGGAACACUAGACUAAUUCUGGGUAGGGCCUCAAUACUUCGUGGCAUGGAUUCCACAAGAUGUUGGAAAUGUUCCUUUGAGAUUCUGGUCCAUGUUGACAGAAAAGCUGCACUUUUAUGCUGCAGAUCUCCCGUUCUGCCACAUCCCAAAGGUGUUCAGCUGGAUUCAUGGUGCAUUAUCGUGCUGGAAGUAGCUAUUAGAAGACGGUAAAUUGUGGCAAGUGUUCAAUAACAAUACUCAACUAGGGUGUAGCAUUCGAGCGAUGAUUGAUUUGUAUUCAAGGGCCCAAAGUGUACCAAGAAAAAACAUUCCCCACACCAUUACUCCACCUCCACCAGCCUGGACAGUCGACGCAAGGCAAGUGGGUCCGUGGAUUCAUACUGUUGUGUGUGAAUAUCCCAGGAGAUUAGCAUUCAUAUACUCACACUGGCCCAGUCUGGCACCAACAAUCAUGCCAGGGUCAAAAUCACCAAGAUCACAUUAACAUCCGAAGCUGCAUGAUGUUAUACUGCCACACAAUUAGAUUAGGCUGAUUAGAUAACUGCAUGCAGGUGUUCCUAACAAAGUGCUCAGUAAGUGUAAAUAUUCCAUCAUCACCAGUUAGUGUCCUUCCUCUAUAACAGUUCAAUUAAUGCUGAUAAAGCUGAUUUAAUUAAACCCAUAACACAAACUGCACAUGAACUACUGAAUGAACAAUUUCGUAACUAGUAUAAAUAAAGUCAGGAACAUGCUGUAUAACGAGCGCCAUCUUUCAGUUACUCACCUGAGCGUCGGUACAGGUGUUAUUUGUUAGUGUAACGGGUAUGGGAAACAUUUCAUAAAUUUAACGUGUAAAAUUACACAAAAAGGAGAAGUGUGACUGACUGUGUGAGUGCUUUCCCUUUUGGUUGUCAUGAUGUCAUUGGUUUGUGUAAUUUCCUGUUUUGGCUCCUCCUCUUCCCUUUCGUGUUACGGUUGAAUGGGAGAGGUAGGUUUAAUUUUGAGUUUUCAGUAAUCUUGUUUCAUCUUUAUUUAAAUCAUCGUUUAUAUACUUAUGUACUCAUUUUAAUUUGCGUGUAUAUUGCUAUUUUAUUUAUUUGUGAUUAUUUUUUGUUGUUUUACCCUUCUUUUGAGUGAUUUUUUUUGUGUUUAGUUUCAACAUGUGCUCCCCCCCUUUCGUGUUAUGCUUGAAUGGGAGAGAAUAAACGAAGAGUCGA